CUUUGUCGCGUUCUGCAUUCAUUUCGGAGCAUAUGUGUUUCUCGUCUCUACAUUCAUGUGCGAGGCAUUUGGAGGUGACGCUUUGAAGAGGCGUUUGACAGCCUAGAACAUGCGGGUAUGAAGCACGUCUUGUUUUCGAAUAAUCUAAUUCGCUUCCAGACCUCAGCUUUUCGUGGGGUGGCGCUCGCCUAUUUGCUACUCUCGCGCCCUCCUUAGGUGAGAUGAUUACUGCCUUUGGUUGCGCUUAGCAGUUUCCGGAAAGACAAAGCCAAAUGGUGUAGAUAGGACGGCGUUCGGCUGGACCAGUCUUCGAGCGGGAUGAGUAGCUUGUCUAGCUCAAUGGCGCGCACGCGAUCGUGUUGGCCGGACUUUGUGAGAGAGGUACAAAAGUUGCCCUACUCGCCUCUGAACUCCGAUACAUCAUGCCUGCAAUACUUGCCCAUUUUCCCUCGGCUGAAGCCGCCUUUUUCCUGUCUUCAGAGGUGUUGAUAAAAGUAUAUUGAUUGGAACCGAGAUUGGAAUUGGACUAUAUCGCUACUCAUGGCGACGUACUCCAAUACCAGCGGUGACGGAUGGCCUACCUACGACAUAGCGCCUCCACCGUAUCUCGUUGGGACGAGUACCACCUCCAGCUUCUCAUCCGGCGCUGAACACUGCAAACACCUCGAAUCAAGGCAGAGUUGGCCACACACGAGUUAUCGACAUCGAAGCGGCCGCAGUUCGAGCCAAAGACCAUCCGAGUCGAACAAAUGCAAUAAAGACCCUUCCGGACACUCGGGGCGGAUGUUUCUGUGCUUUCCUUUGCCUUCUACUCAUUCUCGCCAUUCCAGCCAUACUUAUCGGGACGACAAUCGCGAUCGUGUACGCGACUCAAGUAUGAGACGGCUGGGUCGUCGGUGCAAGUCCAUGUGGUGCGGGCCGCCAGAGCUGCGGCAACAAGAUGCUCACUUCGGUUAACGAUGGCGCUCGUACACUCAGAUGCAGAGAACUGCACGACCUGUUUCGGGACGAAGCCGUGCUUUUGCAUCAAGGCCCAAAAAGCUCGAUUACAACGCAACUCAUCUACAAUAUCUUGCUGUAUUCUUCGAAAAUAAUCUCACGGAUACCUAUCAACAUGCGGUGUAGUAGCUGAAGAGCACACGAACGUGUCCUUCGUUUUCUGAACGGCAAGCUUACGCAUUUGCUGUUCCAUCAGGAAGACAAGUGUGGGGGCGGAAAAGAGCUUCGUAUCCGAUACGACUUGCAGCCACAAAUGACCUCCCCUGGACUACAACGGAAUUAUAUUGAAUUCAAAGCUCCCAUGUUCUGCCACGUGGUUAUGUUGAAAGUCCUUUUUCAACCCAAAAACGAUGCGAAUGAGUGAUUCCGGUCGAGAGAGCUGUACCUCACCAAUCCCCGAUGGGUUUCACCGUGAUAUCCCAACAUGUUCGACGUACGAGAAUUUCAGCGAACAAUGAAAUUAUGAUUAAGUCCGUAAUAGGCAUUAUCAGAAGAGCAUGUAUGGUUUAUGGGAAUAGUUUUUACACAGCCUAUAGAAAAUCAUUAAGAGGCUUUGCAAAGGCCAGAAUAGAAUGGCUCAAAAAGCUUACAUAAUGUAUGUUCACGCCUUAAAAAUUACUACAGUGAUGCAAGAAUAGAUGAG